AUGGCUCCCCCACUCAACCUCCUUAUCCGCGCCCUCGUCGCCUUCGAGGACGUAAUCAUCAGACAGAUCCUCCGCAGCCCAGGCUUCCACCGCGGUGUCGGCCGCAUCCAACGUUUCGUAGACGAGAAGCAGAACGGACCCAUGCCGCAUGAGCCGUUGCGACAAGGAGAGGCGUCAGCGAACCCCGAGGAUCGAGGGUUCGCACACCACUUCUUCGAGGAGCUCAAGAAUCAGUUCCGCGGGACACCGACGGAUCCGCCGCGGCGGGGACCGCCUGCGCCGCCGAAGCGGUGA